GGUUAAUUAGCGAGAGUCUUGCAAUAAAAGGAACACAGAUGAACAAGGUUGAUAUGAAUAAUCUUUUGUUAUACACUGAAGAGAAUUUGGUAAACCAUCCACACAUAUGUUAUGAAGAAGAGGAACCUGUUAAGUUGGUCAAGGAGAAACAACAAACAAAUCAUCGAGAGAUCAUUAAUGCACCCUUAAUAUCACCGCAAAGUAUUUUAGAUGAUACAGCUUUCAAACCCUCGUCGGAAUCGGCAUUACGCGACAGAUAUAAAAUGUUGUCACCAGAAGACAAUGUUAAAAAUCAGAAUCUUCCGUCGCUUCACUUGUUUAGAUAUAACAGGAAUAAUACCAAUCCAUUCUUGCAAGAUGAACAGUCUGUAUACGAUAUAAGCCCUCAAGAAUUUAUGCAAUUGUGGAACGAUAAUUUGGUAGUACUAACGCAAAUAAGCGGGACGCUUAGCCUGUUGUUCAAUAAACUGAAUUCAGCGAAAGAUGAAGAUAUUCUAAAUAAAGUAAAAAGUAUACUCUCAAAUGCUUACAGCCAAAUACCAAUUUGCACGGAUCCUAUGAAUACAGGCGUUGCAAACAUUUGCAGAGAUACAAUUUCUUCAAUCAGUUCUUAUCUCUCGAAAACAAAUUUCAAUGAGACUAAGACACCAUUAUUCUCUACGUGUUCUAAUAACAAUAAUAAUUUUAGUGGAUAUACUGUUCCCGUUCAAAACAGUAAAAUUCAGGAAGCGACUGAAUAUCCUAAUUGGACGAAUAAUAAUUAUUUUAUACCUGGGAAUGAUUUUGUUAUACCGAAUCAUCAAAACUGGGAAGCUGAAAAGUUUGGCCAAGGCAAAUUCAGUAUGGACGUGCAAAAUUAUCUUACAAAUAACAGUAUCGAACUUUUUACACGCACAGAGAAACCUGUGGAUAGUAAUACAUAUUUUAAGGAAACUAAUCCGUUUAGACUUAGUCUAUCGGAUACAUUACAAAUCACUGAGAAAGAAGAUAAUUCAUGUAAAAAUCGCGAACCCAUCAUUUACGAUGUGAUAAAUAUUGAGAAUCGUACCAAUAGUCCGUAUGUAAAUGGAAAUAUAAACGGGAAUGGUAUAUCAUCCAAAGGGAACGAAUAUUUGAAGUUGCAGCCUACGAAUAAUGAUGAAAGGAAUAAUUCAGUUGCAAGGUAUACUAUGGAUCAGAGCCGAAGUUUAGAAGAUAUUACGAGAGCAAUGUCCAACAUCUGUAUCAGUGAUCAACGUUUGCCGGAUAGCAGUAUUCCUAAAAAUAACAACCACUGUUUACCAACAUCAAAGGAUUUUAUCAGCAGUUACGAUUUACAAAGCAAAAAACAGGGACCCAUUUUUGUUGACACCUUUAACUCGAGGCAAUCUGCGCCUAAUCAGAAUGGUCCAAUGUUGGUAACUACGAACAGUUUUGUAUAUCCUAUGUCAAGGAAGAAUAAAACUAUCAAUGAUGGGUAUCGGACUUCUAUGUCUACUUCUCACCCAUUGUGCAAUUCACUCGCAAUUGUAAAAUCCAAUAAUGUCCCACAAUACAAUCAGAAGUUAAUGGUGAAAAAGUAUAAUGAAAUGGGUAGCGUGUUUGAAGAGAAAAAUAAAGUGAGCAAAGAUAGCUGCCAAGUGUUGGAUUCAAAGAAGUGGACUUCAGACAACUGGAUUCCAGUUCAGCCCAUAUCGCAAAACAAGGCAAAUAUAUCUGAUAAUAACAAACAACAAAAUAGUAUACAAGCAGGACAAGACUCGUCAAAUGUUCAUUUAGAUAAUAUGGGUAUACAGACUAUGUAUGCGAAACAGUGCAAUUUAAAUAGCGUUGCAGACUCAUCAAAACAUUUAUCCUUAAAUGCCAAACUAUAUUUUCAAGUAGUUGAACUACAAACGGAUAUAGUUCACAUAUUCCAUUAUCUGGAUGAAGGAUGGUUAUUAUUAGACGAAUUUGUUGACAAGUUCACGCAAUUUACAACGAGCUGGUACCUGCUUAACGAGUUAAGAGGAUAUAAUAUGUCUAUCAAAUUUGAGGAAAUUGACCGAACUAAGAAUUCAAUAGAACUUUUGACAACUAACAAUACGAUAUUGAAACCAACGCGAGAUAUAUUAAAUGGCGUAACUAAAUUAUAUUUAAUGUCACUGGAAUCUGUUAUACAAUCACUACAUACGCUGAGAAUCAUUUCGUAUGACGAUGUCAAUGCCAUAUUUAUGUAUGAAAGAUUUCUGAGCAACUCGGUUGCAUAUGAAAUAUGGUUGGUCGUGAACACUUACAAACAGUUAAAAUGUGCCGUUGAACAACUUUGAUACCUAUGCAGUAAUAAUUACAUGAGCUGUGGAUGUACUUAAUGUUAGUAAUUAACAUGACUAAAACAUUCUAAAAUGCUUACCUUCAGAUUUUUUUACAUAUCUGAAGGACAGACUGAAAGUAAUCUCCUACUUUUAGAGAAAUAAUGU